UUCGUGCAACCCUCCCGGAAAUGGGCCGUCGGAGUCAAGAUGGCGCUGAGUUGGAGCGAGUUAGCAGAGGAAGCUGAUGUCGGUUAACGAGACAAAAGGAACUGUAUAACACUGACAAUACCGAAACAGCAGCACCGAGUUUAACGGAGAGGAAUCAGAGGAAACGAACCACAGCCCGGUGCUCCGUUAGGUGUCGUGGUGAUGGCGGAGCGGCGGGUGGAGUGCACAUGGAAAAGACACAUCUCAGAGCAGCUGAAGCUCAGAGACCAAGUGCAGAGACAGGCCUUCGAGGAGAUCAUCCACCAGUAUAACCGUCUGCUGGAGAAGUCCGACCUGCAGGCUGUUCUGUCAGAAAGAUACCAGACCGAGAAAUAUGAUGUCCAGAGAGGACAUGAGGCCAGUUUGGGUGCAGACUCAAGUCGCAGCGACGCUCUGCAGCAGGAAAUGGCUCAGAUGAGAAUUAAACACCAGGAGGAGCUGACGGAGCUACACAAGAAGCGAGGGGAGCUGGCUCAGAGUGUGAUUGAGCUGAACAACCAGAUUCAACAAAAAGACAAAGAGAUCCAGAGCAAUGAGGCCAAGAUGUUGGAGUAUCAGCAGCAAAUUGCCAACCUGGAGGGAGACUGUCGGGAGCUUAAGAAUUACCUGCAGGACUUGGAGAGGGCAAACCAGACCCUGAAGGACGAGUACGACGCCCUGCAGAUCACGUUCUCUGCUCUGGAGGAGAAACUGAGGAAAACCACAGAGGACAACCAGGAGCUUGUGUCUCGAUGGAUGGCAGAGAAAGCUCAGGAGGCCAACAGGCUGAACGCUGAGAACGAGAAGGACAGCAGACGCAGACAGGCCAAACUGCAGAAGGAGCUGGCAGAUGCUGCCAAAGAACCUCUGCCCAUCGACCCGGAUGACGACAUUGAGGUUCUGGCUGAAGAUGGAGGGAAGGGGGGAGGAGAGACCUCACCGAACAGACCGCUCAGCAGAACUCCCAGUAAGAAAAUCUCUCAGCCUCCUCCUGGUGGUCUGCUGGACUCUAUCUCCAACAUAUUUGGAGUGUCUGAGUGUGUUCAGCCUGGACUCCUCCCACCACACUCCAGGCGUCGAACUGCUAACUCUUUCAGCACUUCACCUGAAAACCAUGAGGCUCCAUCAGGAGUGUGUGCAGAAGUUCGAGUCCCAACCACAGCCCUGCAUGUGUUUGAAGCCCAUGACGGUGAGGUUAACGCGGUCAGGUUCAGCCCCGGCUCCCGUCUGCUGGCUACAGGAGGGAUGGACCGCAGGGUGAAGCUGUGGGAGGUUGUUGCAGGUCGUUGUGAGCCUAAAGGAGCUCUGACCGGCAGUAACGCAGGAAUCACCAGCAUUGAGUUUGACAGCGCUGGUUCGUACCUGCUGGCUGCCUCUAAUGACUUUGCCAGUCGGAUCUGGACUGUAGAUGACUACAGACUGAGGCACACCUUGACAGGUCACAGUGGGAAGGUGCUGUCGGCUCGUUUCCUAUUGGACAACGCUCGGAUCGUCUCCGGGAGCUAUGACCGAACGCUCAAACUGUGGGAUCUCCGCAGCAAAGUCUGUAUGAAGACGGUGUUUGCUGGUUCCAGCUGUAACGACAUCGUCUGUACGGAGCAGUGUGUCAUGAGUGGACACUUUGAUAAGAAAGUUCGAUUCUGGGAUAUCAGAGCGGAGAGUAUAGUACGAGAGCUGGAGCUGCUGGGCAGAGUGACGUCUCUGGACCUGAACCAUGACCGAACCGAGCUGCUCACCUGCUCCAGAGACGACCUGAUAAAGAUCAUCGAUCUGCGCACCAAUGCUGUCAGACAGACAUUCAGUGCUCAGGGCUUCAAGUGUGGAGCUGACUGGACCAGAGUCACCUUCAGUCCGGACGGUAGCUACGUGACUGGAGGAUCAGCUGAUGGAGCUCUGUACGUCUGGAAUGUCCUGACAGGGAAAGUUGACAGAACUCUGGACCGAAACCACAACUCUGCCAUCAAUUCGGUGUCCUGGUCCCCUUCAGGAGCGUACGUGGCCAGUGUGGAGAAAGGCAGCAAGGCCAUCCUGUGGUCUGACAUGUGACUGGCUGAACUGUGUCCUAGCUGGACACUGAUGGAGACAGAGACUCUGCCCAGUGAGAGGACAGUUUAUCAGCAGCUGGACGAUGAAACAUUCGGAGCUCGUCUUCGUGUUGUUGUUGUUGUUGAACUGAGCAGCUGUUGCCAGAUGCAGACUGACAGUGAGGAAUCAGACUGAAACACUGUGUGGAUCUGUCAGAGAAAAUGAGACGAGCUGCUGCUCUCUGCUCUGCCUUCAUGUUGAACAUAAAAACAGCUUGAAUCACAUGUUUACCUGUUAUCUGUUUGGGUUCAGAAGUUUUAAUGUUCUUCGGUGUGUUUUUAAUUUUUUGACGUUAAAAAAACAAACUGCCCUCUCACAGUUUACUGAGACACAAACUUCAUGCAGCUGAUAUUAAAGAAGAUUUAAUAAAUUCUUCAUUAAUAGCUGAUGGUGAGCAGGUGGUCUGCAGCAGAAACACAAACAGGAAAACGCUUCACACGACCCCACCAUCCUCACGUGUGUGUGUGUGUGUCUGUCUGUGUGUGUGUGUGUGUGUGUGUGUGUGUGUGUGUGUGUGUGUGUCUGAUGCAGUAAAACACUAAAGUGUCCAGAAGUGUCAGUCAGACAUCUUCAGCUGUUGGAGCUCAGAGUGACGGAGGACGAGUCUCUUCAUCCAGCAGGUAAAGAGUUCAAUAAAGUGAAGUUUGAAUGUUAAAUCAUAAAGAAUCUUCAGUGUCUUUGCCCGUUUCAAUGAUUUAAACUGGAAUAUUUUCAGCCUGCAGCACUUUGGGUGAAUAAAACCUUUAAAUGGCACUAAGAUGUUCGCUGAGCGUAGAGAAAACGAGAGAAUAAAAAACACGUCUGUGCUUUA